AUGGACGUAGUAAAAAUUAUUUUAUUAACAAUUGCAUCAUUGGCAAUAGUUACUAAUAUUAUUUCUGUGUAUUUUCUUCAUAAAAAGCGCAGAAAAAACAACUAUGUUAUCUUGUGUAUUAAUUUAUCUUUAAGUGAUUUAUUACAAAGCAUUGCGGGAUAUAUACCAGCUUUAUUCCUUAAUUCAAAUUUACAAAUGGCUACAACUUUGUGUAAAAUGUCAGCUUUUUUUAUUGCUUUUCCGUCAUUCACAACCAUUGCAAUGCUCACUGCAAUUGCUCUUUCAAGAUUUUUGCUACUGAGUUCGCGUUAUAAUAGAAAUCAAGUUAAUUAUAAAAAAUUGUUUCUAAAAGCUGCAAUAUUAUCGUGGAUUUAUGGAUUGAUUUGGGCAACUCUACCUCUUUUAGGAUUUUCUUCGUACGCCUUAGAAGAUACACAUACUCGAUGUUCAAUUAACUUUUCUCCUAAAAAUAAAAUGGAAAAAGUUUUUUUAAUACUAUUGAUAGCUUUUGGAUUUUUUAUUCCUGUUAUAACAAUUCUAACUUCGUGUUUGUUUACCGCUGACCUAAUGAGCGCUAAAUAUAAAUACUUUUGCGUGACGUAUGGAAAAGAAAAUGUAGAAACAAAAAGAUACAAAGAAAAGGAAAGAAAAGCAUUUUCAUCGUUUGUACUUAUGGUAGUUUCAUUUAUAGUUUGUUGGACACCAUAUGCAACAAUUGGUUGUUUAUCAACUUUUACAUCAGCCAAAACUCCAAAAUGGCUUAUUGAAAUAGCUGCCCUUUUUGCAAAAUUAGCUGCUUUAGUAAAUCCUUUUGUUUACUUCUGGAAAGAUACUUUAUUAAAAAAAAAGUUUUGCUUUUAUAAAAAAAAAAAUUAA